GCUAAAUGUUGGGGGAAAAUCAGCUUCUCUGUGGUCGCUCGUUGAGUCCGUUGUCGCCCCUGACUUCGAUCUGCCGCAAUCAUGUUGCCCAACACUGGGAAGUUAGCAGGAUGUACUGUCUUCAUCACAGGUGCAAGCCGCGGCAUUGGCAAAGCGAUUGCUUUGAAAGCAGCCAAGGAUGGAGCAAACAUAGUCAUUGCUGCGAAGACCGCCCAGGCACACCCCAAACUUCCAGGCACCAUCUAUACUGCUGCUGAAGAAAUCAAAGCAGCUGGAGGAAAGGCCUUGCCAUGUAUUGUUGAUGUAAGAGAUGAAGAGCAAAUCAGCAGUGCUGUGGAGAAGGCAGUGGAAAAAUUUGGAGGAAUUGAUAUUUUGGUGAAUAAUGCCAGUGCUAUUAGCUUGACCAACACAUUGGAAACACCUACGAAGAAAGUGGAUUUGAUGAUGAACGUCAACACCAGAGGCACCUAUCUUACAUCUAAAGCAUGCAUUCCUUAUUUGAAAAAGAGUAAAAUUGCUCAUAUCCUCAAUCUCAGCCCACCUCUGAACCUGAAUCCACUGUGGUUCAAACAGCACUGUGCUUACACUAUUGCUAAAUAUGGUAUGUCUAUGUGUGUACUUGGAAUGGCAGAAGAAUUUAAAGGUGAAAUUGCAGUCAAUGCGUUGUGGCCUAAAACAGCCAUCCACACCGCUGCUAUGGAUAUGCUGGGAGGAUCUGGUAUCGAAAGCCAGUGUAGAAAAGUUGACAUCAUUGCAGAUGCUGCAUAUUGCAUUUUCAAAAAGCCAAAAAGUUUUACGGGAAACUUUAUUAUCGAUGAAAAUAUCUUAAAAGAAGAAGGAAUAAAAAAUUUUGAUGUCUAUGCCAUUACACCAGGCCAUCCUUUGUUACCAGAUUUCUUCUUGGAUGAACAGCCAGCUAUAGUUACAAAGAAAGCAGACUCAUAUGGUGCUGUUCCAGAAUUGAAAGAAGAGAAGACGCAGCCACCACCAAAACCACGUUCUGGAGCUGUGGAAGAAACAUUCAGAAUUGUUAAGGACUCACUCAGUGAUGACGUUGUUAAAGCCACUCAAGCCAUCUAUCAGUUUGAACUCUCAGGUGAAGAUGGUGGAACAUGGUUUCUUGAUCUUAAAAGCAAGGGUGGUAAUGUUGGAUAUGGAGAGCCUUCUGAUCAGGCAGAUGUGGUAAUGAGUAUGUCUACUGAUGAUUUUGUAAAAAUGUUUUCAGGGAAACUAAAACCAACAAUGGCAUUCAUGUCAGGAAAACUGAAGAUUAAAGGAAACAUGGCCCUGGCAAUCAAAUUGGAGAAGCUAAUGAAUCAGAUGAACUCCAAGCUAUAAAGAGAAAAGAAAAUAUGUUGACUGCUAAGCUCAAAAAGUAAAAGGGCUCAACAGUUAAAAUUGAAUGUUUCUUUUCACCCCCCAUUAUGUUACAAGGAUAUGCUUGUUCUGGAAAAAAAAUAGAAUUUCUGUAUCUAUAAGAUUUGAAAUUGUAAUUAAAACAGCUAUCCAACCAAACAUAAGCAUCAUUAAGUGGUCCUGUAUCUCAUAUACCAUCAUCUUCUAGGAAAAGUAUUAUUGGUGAUCAGUUAGGGUCAGGCAGUAACAAUAACUCUUUUCAUAUCUUCUUCCCAUGUAAAA